GGGUCGGGUCAAAAGAAAGAAGGAAGGAAACUCCAUUGAAGAAGAGCUCAAAGAAAGAAUGUUAAAGAGAGAUCUCAGCCGCUUCAAAAUUGGUUUCCGUCUUCCUUCGAACUUAAAGUUUGAUCAACUCCACUAAUCCUCAUUUCUUGAACAAAAACCAUCGGACAUUGGAUUUUUUUUGGAUUAUGUAGCACUCAAUUCAUUGCACAACAACAAUGGCAUCGAUCCGGAGAACUCUUUCGCCAGCUCACCAUGACCGCCCCUACCAGAAUGGCGCCUCCGUUUCUUCUCCUUCUCACAAGAACCUCCUCUCCACUACUUCUAAAUACUCACCCUCGACCCUUCCUUCCGCCGUCGCCGCUUUCGCUCUUAACUUUCGCCGCAAGGGACCUCCAGGGUUGAGGAAAGCCUUUGGCAGGUGGGCGAUUUUCUUCUUGAUUGGCUUCCUGCUCGGAAUGAUGCCCUUAGGUCACGUCGACGACAUUCUGGCUCGGGAUUUCUCCUUUGACAUAAAGCCAUCGCACGUGAACGUGAGAUUCGAAGACGAGGCCGCCGAAGCCGGCGGCAGUGGAGAUCGGGUUGUGAAGCCUGAGCAGGAUUUUAUGGUGGACGUGAGGCUUGGCGUCGAGACCCAGGCCAAGUCGAACGAUGAGCUUGUUUUUGUGCCGAAGACAGAGCUGAUUGUGGUGACUCCGACAUAUAAUCGGCCUUUGCAGGCGUAUUUCUUGAAUAGGUUGGGGCAGGUGUUGAGACUGGUGCCUCCGCCAUUGCUGUGGAUUGUGGUGGAAAUGAAUUCGGCGUCGAUGGAGACCGCCGAGAUUUUGAGGAAGACUGGCGUUAUGUAUAGGCAUUUGGUUUGUGUUAAGAAUUCGACGGAAGUAAAGGACCGAGGUGUGCAUCAGAGGAACACUGCUUUGGAGCAUAUUGAGCAUCACAGGCUCGAUGGCAUUGUUUAUUUUGCUGAUGAUGACAACAUAUAUUCGCUUGAAUUGUUCUACAGCUUGAGAAGCAUUAGUCGUUUCGGCACUUGGCCAGUUGCAAUGCUUGCACAAAGCAAAAACAAAGCCAUAUUGGAAGGUCCAGUGUGCAAUGGGAGUCAAGUCGUUGGAUGGCAUACUAAUGAGAAAAGUAAGAGACUACGAAGAUUUCAUGUUGAUAUGUCAGGAUUUGCUUUCAACAGCACAAUUUUGUGGGAUCCAAAGAGAUGGCGACGCCCCGCAUCAAUUCCCGUUCGACAGUUAGACACAGUAAAGGAGGGUUUCCAAGAGACAACUUUUUUAGAGCAAGUGGUUGAGGAUGAAAGUCAGAUGGAAGGUACACCUGUGGGUUGUUCAAGGAUAAUGAACUGGCAUCUUCAUUUGGAAGCUCACGGUCGUGUUUAUCCCAGUGGAUGGCUGCUCCAAAAGUACCUUGAUGUUGCUAUCCCUCUCAAGUGAUUGACAUCAAUCUAGCAGUUUUGAUACUUGUAGCUUACGAGAGAUAAUAUUUCAUCUCAUUGGUUCGUCCCCCUGGAUAGAUUGGGGGAAUUGCCGACAGCCAAAGAUUAAUCAGCAUCAAAAUGGACACAAUUGGCAAUGAUAGAAACAGAGGAUCAAAUAUUGUUUUCCCCCUGCUUGAUAUUCUUUUACAAAAACAUUGUCAUCGAUAUUGUUGUAGAGUUCUGGUGCUUGUUUUACUGUCUUCUCUUGUUUGAUAGACAAAACAGUUACCAUCCUUAUCCCUCGGAAAUGCAACGGAUAAGUUUGUUGAGGAUUCAUACUGUCAUAUGAUGUAAAGCUUUGUAUGAUAUCAAUGGCAUCCUUGUCCAAAAUAUUUUCAAAUUUUCAAGACAGUCUGCCUUUGGUAUUUACUUUGUAUGAUGAGGUAUAGGUGGCGCCGUUGGCACAUUACCUCUCUUGUAAAAGUAAGAAGUAAAGAUGCACCUUAUCUGAUA